UUCUGGGUUCGGGUCCAUCUCGCAGCGCUUCUAAGUUUUCCUUCCCCUCUUCCUCGUUGGCACUAGCUCCUCCUCACCCUGGCACUGGCUCCUCCUCGCAGUGGCAGUGGCUCCUCCCCUAACGCGGCACUCCGCCUACGGCACCGCCCGCGCGCCUCUCUCUGCCGCCGACACCCGCCCACACCCUCCCGGCCUCCACACCCACGCGCCAGCCGCCGCCCUCACCUAGCGGCACCAGCGGCCCGGAGGUGAUCACUCGUGCUGACCCCGGCUGACCUUGUGUGUUUCGACCUAACCUCAUGAUGGAGCCAAGGCUGCCUUCCGGAGUGACCUGCGUUCCUGUUGUUUGGCCGGAAAAGUGGAGAUAGACCCACGACUCCCGCCCGAGCUCCCGUGACUGUGUGCACGUGUUGAGGGAAUGGUGUGUGUUGUGUCUGUGUUCCGACCUCAUAUGUAAAACCCCCGUUCACCUGUUUUCUUCCAUGCUCGAGUGUAGAUAAAUCCCCUUGAUACCACUCAAACGUUCAUCAGUGGUCGUGUGUCAUUUUGUGGCCGGCCCUUUGGGUGGUUGAGGUGAGGCUCUGUGGUGCGUGAGGCCUCUAAGAAUAUCCAGCAAGCCAUCUUUUUGUACAGUUAAUAUAUGCAUAGUUGCAUGGGUCGUCAUACUGGCUUACUUCGUCGCCGUCUCCUCCAGGUACUGUGCAAGCAAGAUGGAUCUACCGUGUGUGUUUUGAAAGAGCAUCUGUGUCUGUCAAUUUGUGCUGCUUGCUGAGCGCCUGGCGGUCUCGGAGAGGACUUAAAUGAUGUCUCCUGCGUUUUACGUGGGGAGGAAGAUCAUCGGUGAACGAUGAGUAUAGUGUAUACGAUGAGAGAAACAACAAUACCGUACCUAUAGAAGUAAACCAUUUGGUGUCUUAAAAAGCAAAAGAGAAAAAAAAGUGUGAUAGACGGUUAAAACUGUGCAAGAAAUUCAAAAGCGAAGUAUGAACUAAAACAACAACCUUACAACAGCAACAGCUCUGCAAUUAACAGCCCAUCCGACACCCCAGCCCACCAUCUAUCCGACCCUUUCCUCUACCGCAACACGUUCCUCUCCUUCCCACAACCUGACAUGGACGACAAAAUAGUGGAAGCAACCAGCGGUGGCGGCGUGGACAGCAGCGGGAGCAACGGAACCGGAGGAGGCGGAGAAGGAGGUACUGGUGGUGGUGGCAGUGGUGGUGGUUUCUCUGAUGUUCACUUGCGAGGAGGAGGAGGGCUGCGGGCGGGCGUGGGCGUGAACAUGGCUGGGUACUCUAUCAACGGCCUCCUGACCCCGAGCAUGCAGAGUGAGCAAGGCCCCGCCCUCCUGCACAACCUGACGCCCAUCAAGUACGGCUACCCAGACUGCAGCGGCAUGGGCGGCAGCACCAUGACCACGCCCACUGGUAUCUCCAUCACUCUCGGUACACCCAUUCCCGCCCAUCCUUCGCACCAACACCCGCACCACGCCCUCAACCCCCAUCACCCGCACCACCCUCACCACCACCACCCUCAGGUCAUGCAACACCACGCCAUCUCCACCACCUCCUCCUCCCCCUCCAUCUCCUCCACCUCUACCUCAGCUUCCUUCUCUAUGUCACCUAUGGUCUCAGCCGGCCCCGCACCCCCGGUAGUGGGCAGUAGCUCCCCUACAGGCACGCCCACGCCCAUCUCCUUCACUACUCUGACCGCUGGAGCCCUCAAGAGGAAGCAGAGGAGAUACAGAACCACCUUCACCAACUUCCAACUGGAGGAGCUGGAGAGGGCUUUCCACCGCACCCACUACCCCGACGUGUUCUUUAGGGAGGAGCUUGCCCUGAGGAUUGACCUGACGGAGGCGAGGGUGCAGGUGUGGUUCCAAAAUCGCCGAGCCAAAUGGCGGAAGCAAGAGAAGCUGAUGGCCAAGCAACACGAGGCGGCGGCAGCAGCGGCGGCGGCGGCGGCUGCUGUGGCUUCCAUGGGCAUGGUGGGAGGACAACAGCAGCAGCAACAGCAACAACAACAACAACAACAACAACAACAACAACAACAACAACAACAGGAGCAGCAGGAACAACAACAGCAGGAGCAGCAACAGCAGCAGCAGCAGCAGGAGCAGACAGCGAUGGCUCAGCACCAGGGAAUCAACGUGACCCUGGCCGCCGCCCCCCACCCUCAAGAGCAAGUGGUUCUGGCGCCCCUCACGCCCCUCACAGCCACGCCCCCUGAGGUGACGUCAUCCUCCCUGGUCACGCCUAACACCCCGCCGCCGCCCGUCAGCACGCAGUCCUCCUCGCCCACACACACCCUUUCUUUCGGAUCCUCGUCUCCCGGAGUCUACUUGGGCAUGGAGUGGACGCCGCCCUUCCCUUCGACGCUCUCCACGCCCCCGCCGCCCACCACGCCCACCCCUACGUCCUCCCCACCGCCCACGCCCAUGCUGGCCAGCCCUUACUACCUGGCAGUGCGGCCCCCGGAUCUCGAGGCCCCGGAUGACGAGAAACCGCCGCUACUCAGCCACCCCUUCACCCCUACCAGCCUCCCCUUUCCCUCCCCUUCACUCCCCCUUCCCUCCACCGGCCUCAGUCUAACGCCCGCCUCCUUCUCCCUCACGCCCACUACGCUUCCUCUCACGCCCACCACGUUAACAUUCACCCCCACGACUCUGCUACCCCCCACCUCUGUUUCCCUGUCGCCUACUACCCUGUCCCUUCCUCCUACGUCCCUUUCCUUUCCCACUGCUAACAGUCUACCCCUCACCCCUACUUCCUUGUCCCUCACCCCUACCAGUCUCUCCCAGCUGAGGAUGAGGGCGAGGGAACAAACAUCGUCGUUCAUUAAUCUCAACGCUGAGUGAGUGAGUGAGGCGCUUCGUCCCCUACCCAACACAAGAAUUGAGGAAGAGAUGCAUGAAAUUGUAAUCUUACUGUAUUACGUGUAGUUCUUCCAGGAAGCUGACGCGAAAGAGAGGAACAUUUUUUUGCGCAAUGUUGAAAAGAAAAGUUUGAAUUGACAGUUGUGUGUGUGUGUAUGUGUGUGUGUGUGUGUGUGUGUGUGUGUGUGUGUAGCUCAGUGUAGGAAAAGAAUCUCUACUGGAUUUUAUGUACGUACGUAAUCAUAACGACUCCAGAAGCCCUAGUAAUCUCUCUCUCUCUCUCUCUCUCUCUCUCUCUCUCCUGCAAAGCUAUAAAACUAUCGUGCAUCGCAAACGUGUGUAGAAUAGAGCAGCACUGUAAUAAUAAAGGAUACCAACUGAAUGUCUGCGAUCAUACCAACCACUGAGAGAGAGAGAGAGAGAGAGAGAGAGAGAGAGAGAGAGAGAGAGGACCCACCCAUCCAGUCAGCCAGCCAAGCAGUCAAGUAGCCAGCCAGCCAGACGGCCUCCUACUCAGCGAUGCUCCAGGAUUUAACACUUCUCAGUCUUCCCUUAGAGGCGCCACACAGACUCAAUUUAAAACGUGAUUACUUUUUUCCAUGUCGCGAAGACUUAGGAAGCGUCCUCACUCGGCGGCCUCGCUCGGGAAGUUUCCUUACGCAAUAUUUUCCCCCUCUUUCUCGCUUGAUUUUUCCCCUCUUCUCUCUUUUUCAUAACGUAUUUUUCUUUUCUUUUUUCUUUCUUCCUACCUCGGCGAAACAGAGAAGCGAGAGAUCUAGAGAGAGAGAGAGAGAGAGAGAGAGAGAGAGAGAGAGAGAGAGAGAGAGAGAGAGAGAGAGAGAGAGAGAGAGAGAGAGACUUUAAAGAAGCAAAGCUAAGAACGGAGGAUGGUAGGAAAGAAAAAAAAUGAAAGAAAAAAAGCAGAUGCAACCUACUGACGCAGCCGCCUCCUGAACCUCCCUCUUCACAUUGGAAAAAAUAAAAAUGCUAGUUUGACGACAGUUACAAUGAUCUUAAUUUCUACCUACUCUUAUUGCCCUAGUGUUAACCUGUCACAACUGUCAUACAUUUCUACUUCCUUGAGUACUCCCUUAAAUGUACAGGGAAGGGCUAUGAGCAUUUAAAACAUGUAUAGGUAUUUAUCACCACAGCACGAAAAUUAAAAUCACGAGUUAGUAAACUCCCUACUUAUAGUAGAAGAUAAGUAAAAACCAUGGAGAUGGAUAUGGCUGCAAAUUGUUCCCUCCCUUUAUGGAAUCUUUUUAUUUCAAUGGUAAAACAGAUAAGAUGUAAAGUCCUUUCCAUGAGCUUUGGGGAGAUGAAAGUAAAGCCAUUUAAUAUAAAGCAGUCCAUUACCAAAACUGAAGAAUGCCAAGAUUUAAAUUAAAAAAAAAUCACACAGCUUAAAAAGAAGGUAUUCCAAGAGGCUGAGCAGGAAGGAAGUACCAAUUUGUCCCUGUGCUGUUUUUCCUUGUUCUGAGACGUUUUUUUUUUUUUUUUUUUUUUUGUGAGCAGUGCUGGUUCAAAUAUUCUGCCAUGACACAUAUUGUGCACCACUGCCAUCUGUGAGUGUCCUGCAGUUUACAAUGGGAUAUAGAAGUGCAGAAAUAUAUGAGGAUUACAAAAGCCAUUAGAA